CUGAACUGGAGCAACAGCAUUCUCAAUCUGAGACAUUGUUGUCAGGGUGUGUCGUGUGCAUUGCUUUGAAUAAUUUUGGAAUUAGCUUGAAAAGUAGUUCCUAUACUGUCACCACCAGAGGGAGCUCCAGGCAGCAAUUCCACUUUUCGCAUAGUAGCAGAACUUUCCAUGGCUGAACCGGACGUAUUCAUGCCAGUAAGAAUACAGGAAGUGUUUCCUGCACAACACGAAGCAGUAAUGUAGUCUUUCUGAACAGAAACUUCUGAUCUGCCGGCAGCAACCUCCAGUUUUCCCUGAAGCAACCUUCUUGCCUUUAUUUCCCCCCUAACCUCUUCAUCUGAAAUGGCACUAAAAGAAGGCAUACUGCCCAUCAGUGAGAUGCUGAGUCCUUUCCCAGAGGUGAUGGAGCUGAACGUGGGAGGACAGGUGUACGUAACUAACCAUUCUACCCUCAUCAGCAUCCCCGAAACUACUUUGCACAGCAUGUUCACCAAGAACCAAGUGAAAGAUUUACCCAGGGACAACAGGGGUCGUUUCUUCAUAGACCGAGACGGUUUCCUCUUCAGGUACGUUUUGGAUUUCCUUAGGGACAAGCAGCUGGUCCUUCCAGACCACUUCCCUGAAAAGGAGAGGCUUUUAAGAGAGGCAGAGUACUUCCAACUUAAUGAUCUUCUUAAACUGCUGACACCCAAGGUCACCAAACAAAGCUCUAUGAAUGAUGAAGGAUGUCAGAGUGAUAUAGAAGAAAAUUCCCAAAGUAGUGACCUGGCCAGGACUGCUGCAUUAGACAAGAGGUCUGGAUUUAUCACCAUAGGCUACCGAGGCUCUUAUACCAUGGUCAGAGACAACCAGGCAGAUGCCAAAUUCCGCCGGGUGGCCAGGAUUAUGGUGUGCGGCAGGAUUGCCCUGGCCAAAGAAGUUUUUGGGGAAACAUUGAAUGAGAGCAGAGACCCUGACCGACCUCCUGAGAAGUAUACCUCACGCUUUUACCUGAAAUUUACCUACUUGGAGCAGGCUUUUGACAGGCUGUCCGAAGCAGGGUUUCACAUGGUGGCUUGUAAUUCCACGGGCACUGCUGCCUUCAUUAACCAGUACAGGGAUGACAAAAUCUGGAGCAGCUACACUGAAUACAUCUUUUUCAGGCCAACCCAGAGGACGGUAUCUCCAAAACAAGAAUGUGAAGAAAGGAAACAAGAGAAGCUCCCAGACAAAGGAAGCGAAAGUGGAACUUCCUUAAAUGAACUGUCCACCUCCAGCUCUGAGACCCAUUCAGAAAUCACCAGUCCACAAGACAACAUAUCCUGUGCUCCACAGGCCUCCUCACAACAGCCAAGCACACUCACCUUGGAUCGGCCUUCGAAAAAGGUCUCUGUGCAGUGGAUGCCACAACCGGACAAGCGCAGGAACAGUGAGCUCUUUCAGACUCUGAUGAGCGCCCCUCGAGAGACAAAGCUAAACAAGAAGAAAGCUUCUGAAAAGCUAAGUGUGGAAGAAGAAAUGAAAAAGUGCAUACAGGAUUUUAAACAAAUUAAAAUACCUGCCGAUUUUCCAGAACGCAAACGUCAGUGGCAAUCUGAACUGUUACAAAAGUAUGAGCUAUAGGGUUUUGUUUCACCCCUAAGCCAUGUUACUUUACAAAUGAGACUAACACUAGUCACAUUCACUUGGCAUUGGUUUGAUCAAAAUACUGUAUGCUUACAAAAUGAAUUUAGAUGUGACUCAAAAAGGAGGGGAACUUCUGAAACUAAAUAGCUUACAGGGAAACUUUUGUGGUAUUUAAAGUGAAUACUGUAUGAUUAAACUAAAUAGUGUGUGUUUAAAGCUAUUGGUUUUUAGUUGUUAUGUGCGCCAUUGAAUAUUACAAGAGGCUUCAUUAAAACAAUGAAACAAAUCUAGUCAAUGGUACAAUAGCUAGCUCCAAAUGUUGAUGUCAAAAUCUUUCAAAUAGAAUCAAGUUAAUUAAUCACUGUGUGCUUGCAUGAAUGGACAGGUAAUAAUGGAAUAGAUCCAGAUUCCAAAAUACAUGUGUUUAUUUAUCUACACAUCAGAUGUGAAACUUAAAUAUAAAUGGAAGUUGUCCUUGAUUAUUGAAAUAUCAGAUUACAGUUAGACUGUAUUGUUAGUUUAUGGUCAAUAUGUUAAUUGAUAAAGUAUGUUUUCAAUUUCUUUUAUUAAUUAUUUGUGCUGUGCUUUACAUGUAAGGACAAUGUAAAACAACAAUUUUAUGGCAUAUUACUUUAGAAGUGUUUCAGUAACUGUUAAACCAUGAAAGUAGUAUUAUAAAGUACUGCUUUGUGUCUAGGUGUUUAAUAUUGGCAUAUUUUAUAACUAACCAAAUGUAAUAGAAAUAGGAUAAAAGAUAAAAGUCCUGGGCUAUUGAAGAUUGUUUUCUAAGUUCUCUUAUUAAUGUAAAUGUGUCAUACAUAAAAAAAAAAAAAAAAUGUAUGAAUGAUAAACAAGUAUGUUUAAGAAAAAACUGUAUUCUGAAUUGUGAUUGGCAAUUGUUUGCUUAUGAACCCUUUAAUAUGUGUCACUUUUCCUUUAUGAUGAGUACAUGUCAUGUUAAAUAACAGUUUGACUACUCAGUCACCAGACCAAUCACUGCUUGGCAAUCCUCACUACGUUUUAACCAAGAUAUCAGGAAUCCCAAUACCAUUCAUAUUAAAUGUUUUAAAAAUAUUUUUCUUACCUUGUGCUCGACAACAAACUCCACAUUUUAUUGUGUAAUAACAUGGAAUCAAAAUGGAUUUAAUUAGGAGUUUUUGCCACUG